ACAGUAACGUAGUAGGACGAAUGCGGGACGGCUGUAAGACUUAUGUUGAAGGAGAAAUCUUUUUACUGUUUUUCAACUUUUAAAAACAGUUUUAACGAGACAAUAACUUUAUUCUUUUGUGCCGAAAUUGGAAUUUAAAAGCGGGAAAGUGACGCAGGGAAACGGAAAAGGUUUGAAAACGGCUGACAGGAAUUCAAUUCAACAGGAUGGAUUUUAUCAGCUUCAACUAAACGUUCAGAACAUGUUGGAGAAAAGAGCUGCGGAGCUUCAUCUGGAGGAGGAUGUCCGAGGGGAACACGUGAAGGAGCCGUUCUGCACUCAGUUCAGCUGUGGUCCUCUGCUCGGCCGCGGGGGGUUCGGUUCGGUGUUUGCAGGCCGGAGGCUCUCAGAUGGACUGCAGGUUGCCAUCAAACAGAUUUCCAACAGCAGUGUCCUGCAGUGGGCCAGACUGCCCGGCGAGGUCAGCCUCGUUCCCAUGGAGAUCGCUCUGCUGCAGCGGCUGUCGGAGGUCGGGGGUCACCGGGGGGUCGUCCGCAUGCUGGACUGGUUUAAGGUGGAGGGGCGGGGCUUCCUGCUGGUGCUGGAGCGCCCGCCGCAGUGCCAGGACCUGUUUGACUUCAUCACGGAGAUGGGAGCACUGCCCGAACGCCUCGCCCUCAGGUUCUUCCGGCAGAUUGUAGAGGCGCUGCGGUUUGUUCACACUCACGGCGUCGUGCACCGAGACCUCAAAGACGAGAACAUCGUGGUGGACACGAAGACGCUCCAUGUCAAGAUCAUCGACUUUGGGUCGGGAACUCCGCUGAAAGAGACGGCGUACAGCGAGUUCGAAGGCACUCGGGUCUACAGUCCUCCUGAGUGGAUCCAGUCUCAGUCCUAUGAGGCCGUCCCCCUCACCGUGUGGUCUCUCGGUGUGUUGCUCUUCGACAUGGUUUGUGGCGACAUCCCCUUCGAGUGUGACCAGGAGAUUGUCCAGGCCACGCCCCUUUUCACCAGACAGGUCUCCACAGAAUGCCAGUCUCUGAUUCGCUGGUGUCUGUCUUAUCACCCUGAGGAGCGUCCCACUCUGGAGGAGAUUCUGUCUCACCCCUGGAUGGAGGGAGGAGAGGGGGAGGAGGAGGAGGAAGGAGGAGACCUUCAGGAAGGCCGCAGCUCUCUGCCCAGCCAGUCCCUGUAGCCGCAUGGCUCUGGACCAGCAGCCACAAUAAACAUAAACCUGAAACUGUCCGAGUCUGGACUGUGACAGCCUGCAGGACUCGAGCUCACAGCGGACUCACUGAGAUCCUUUCAGACAGGACUGAGCGUCACAGACCGGGAGAGACGUCUUCACUGUGCUGCUGUGCAGACAAACUAAUCCAACAGCUGAUGCCGUCCUGUCAGAGAAGCCGUUUUUAUUUGACCCGUUUAGUCAGCUGGUUUCGCUGCAGCUGUUGUCUGACUUCCUGUUGGGUUAUUUAUUGACUUGCAUAUUUAUUUCUUAGAGCUUGUUUGCUCAGGUCAGUUUUCAGACCUGAGGUCAGGUUUACUUCACGUGUAGAAGAGUCAGUUUGACGGUUAAGUCAUCGAGACCCGAGGAAAGCGGGUGUCGGCUGCCGUUCGGGUGUGACGUCACUGUAAAUACGUGUGUAUUAUUGGCUGGUUUUCUGGUCAAAGUGGCUCAUUAGUCACUUGUUUCUGUUUAUUUACAUUAAAUAUGAACUUAUGGAUCGAGAGGAACAAAAAGAUCCACCGUUUGAAUUAAAACAGCUCUUGUCACUUCA